AUUGUGUGUUUCCUAUGUAUUUCUUUACUCUUCUAGCAUCUGAACAGUAGUUGCUAUCUUUUAGGACACUUCCUGUCCGAUAUUUACAACAUCCAAGAUGUCGGCCGGCGUGGCGUCUCUUGUGUCGUACGGAACGGAUUCAGACUCGGAUAAUGAUGCCGAGGCUAAUAUAAAACCAAUGAUGACAGACCCAGACGCAAUUGCACAUCUCCUUCCUCUAAAUUCGGGAAAAAAGACAUCAUUGGCGCUCCUAAAUUCAGCCCCAGAGGUCGCAGUAAAGGAAGAUGUAAUGACCGGAACUCACCUGGACCCCUCGCUAAAGGAGGUCACCUUUAAUCCAACAUUUGACACCAUGUUUGCUCCAGAGUUUGGCCCAGUCAACCCGUUCAAAACCCAGCAGAUGGCAGCCCCAAGGAACAUGCUGUCGGGGUUUGCCGAGCCAGCUCAUGUCAACGACUUCAUGUUUGAGCAGCAGCGCAGAACGUUCUCCACCUACGGCUACGCGCUCGAUCCGUCCGUGGACACCAGCCAGGUCUCCUCCAGCAGCUACAUCGGAGCGGUCGAUGAGGCUGAGAAGAACAAAGGACUGACCGUCUUCGAGGCCUGCGCAAAGAAAGCGGAGAAGAGGAGAAAACUGAAGGGGGGCGACGCUUCCGAAAUCGACAGCUUCCUGGGACCCUGGGCCAAGUACGUGGACGAGAAGGAGGUCGCCAAACCGUCGGAAGAGGAGCAGAAGGAGCUGGACGAGAUCACUGCCAAACGACAGAAGAAAGGGAAGAACGAGGAGGACGCCCCGGCGGAGGAGAAGACCGUCCUCCACGUCAAAGACAUGUACGACUACCAAGGCCGAUCCUACCUCCACAUCCCGCAGGACGUGGGGCUCAACCUGCGCUCCGCAGACAUCCCGGACAAGUGCUACCUGCCCAAAAAACAGCUGCAUGUCUGGUCCGGCCACACCAAGGGUGUCAGCGCGAUUCGGCUGUUUCCUGUUUCCGCCCACCUGCUGCUGUCCUGUUCCAUGGACUGCAAAAUCAAGCUCUGGGAGGUGUAUAAGGACAGGCGGUGCUUACGGACGUUUAUUGGUCACAGUAAGGCUGUGCGGGAUGUGUGUUUUAAUAACACUGGGACGCAGUUCCUCAGCGCUGCCUAUGACCGCUUCCUGAAGCUGUGGGACACGGAGACAGGUGAGGCCCCCGCUGCGCCCGUCCCAGACCCCCACUGCGCCCGUCCCAGACCCCCACUGCGCCCGUCCCAGACCCCCGCUCCCCCCGUCCCAGACCCCCGCUCCAGGGCGGAAGUGCAUCUCGAGUUCACCAACAGGAAGGUGCCGUACUGCGUGAAGUUCAACCCGGACGAGGACAAGCAGAGCCUGUUUGUGGCGGGGAUGUCCGAUAAAAAGAUCGUCCAGUGGGACGUCCGGACCGGGGAGGUGGUUCAGGAGUACGACAGGCACCUGGGCGCGGUCAACACCAUCACCUUCGUCGACGAGAACCGGCGCUUUGUCAGCACGUCCGACGACAAGAGUCUGCGGGUUUGGGAAUGGGACAUUCCUGUGGACUUCAAGUACAUCGCCGAGCCCAGCAUGCACUCCAUGCCCGCCGUGACGCUGUCCCCCCAAGGGAAGUGGCUGGCCUGCCAGUCCAUGGAUAACCAGAUCCUGAUCUUCGGAGCGCAGAAUCGCUUCCGGCUCAACAAGAAGAAGAUCUUCAAAGGCCACAUGGUGGCCGGAUACGCCUGCCAGGUGGACUUCUCCCCCGACAUGAGCUACGUGGUGUCGGGAGACGCGGACGGGAAGCUGAACAUCUGGGACUGGAAGACCACCAAGCUGUACCACCGCAUCAAGGCCCACGACAAGGUCUGCAUCAGCGCCCUGUGGCACCCCCACGAGACCUCCAAGGUCAUCACCUGCGGCUGGGACGGACAGAUCAAGCUGUGGGACUAGGCCCUUCAUCGCCCUCCUCUUCCUCAUCCAGCUGUGGGACUGGACUCUUCAUCGCCCUCCUCUUCCUCAUCCAGCUGUGGGACUAGACUCUUCAUCGCCCUCCUCUUCCUCAUCCAGCUGUGGGACUAGACUCUUCAUCGCCCUCCUCUUCCUCACCAGCUGUGGGACUGGACUCUUCCUGCUCCUGGGGCUAGGCCAGCGAUGGCCAGCCCUGGACCUGGAGAGCUGCAGGGCGGUGCUGGUUUUUGUUGUUACUCUGCAGUUUAAUUGAUCAAUAAAAUUGAUCGAUUACACAGUUAAGUCACCUCACCUGGUUACCCUGGGUCUCAACAGGGUGCUAAUUUUAGGGUGAAAACAAAAACCGGCACCCCCUGCGACUCUACAGGACCCGGAUUGGCCACCCGUGCUCUGGACUCUUCCUCCUCCUCCUCCUCCUCCUCUUCCUCGCUCCCCUGCCGUCCUCCUCCUCGCCCGGGAAGGAGCCGCAGGGCUGGCAUCCAGCCGCCGCUCUUCUUCCGCGGUGUUAUUUUUACUCCCCCUCUCCUCUCCCGGGAGUGUGGCUUGGCUGUGCGCAGACACUGCCGGCGUGGAGGAACAGGAGGAAAGAAAAGCAGGACAAAACCCAGAAAGCCAGGUCCCGUUUUAUUUACGGCAAGGGCACCGGGCGGGUGGGGAGGAAAGAGGUUAUUUCUGUUUUAAUAAAUUUGUGCGGUCGCGAUCCGUAA